CUGGCCGUGCGUUUUGCCAUCGCGGCUCCCGCUCUUUCUGCUUUCACGACUACAUUUUACGACCCUCCUCGCUCAACAGAGCCUAUUUCCCGGCCCCAAAGGCUAAUGCCAGUCCCUGUCACCCGACUUGCAAAGCAGCCCGCCCACCCUGUCAAGAAAAAGAGCUUGACUUGCACCACCCUCCCCAUCUGCCCACCAGGGCCCCCGCCAUCAUUUGGAACCCGUGAAGAGUGGAUCAACUCCCUACCGACCUGGCGCCGCACUAAGCCUCGUCAAAUCUGGGCAGAAGAGCCCCAGCAGGGUUUUUACAGUGGGUUGGCCGGUGCGCAAACAAGCGCCCCAGCCAUUAAAGGGAACCGCGCUGAAGCGUGCCUCCCGCCCGUGUACUCCCUCUUUGACGGUGACGCUGACGACGAGAUGAGCUCUGAUUACUCGGCUUUGGACCGAGUUUCGGGCGACAACGAUAGUCAAUGGAGCAACAGUUCGCUCGAGAUGGACAUCGAUUACCAGUCUCAAUUGGACACUUCACCCACAUCUGACCUUGUUCUACCUGACGACUACGAGCGUGGUGCAUUCACCCCCCUCUUUGAGGACCAGUCACCCGGCGUUUACAGUGGCCCUGACGUAGGUUCAAGCCCUGUCGGACCUGUCACCCCUUUCGGCGAAUUCGUUGACCGCGCUGUUGCCAGCGGAGAAGUCAAAUCUCAAGAUUACGGCCACUUGGUUCCGUACGAUCAACACAAGCCGGCUCCGGUUCCGGAAGUUGUGACUCCCACUGCAACCCAGGGAUACAGGAAACUCGCUGAGCCGUUGGCUGAAUGGGUAGCCAACUACGUAUGGAAGGCUUGCACGACAGGCUUCAGUCUGCCUGAAGUUUUCUCUCGUCCAAACAGUAACGUGGCAAAGCGUCGCUCUAGUUCCCCACCUAGCUAUCUGCCAAGUGCCGUCCAUUCUCUCUUGCUAUCGACCCUUUUGCAGCCUUCUGCGGUAUUCUUGGCCAUUUGGUACAUCGCCCGUUUGCCGGUCUAUUAUGACGCGAUCACUCUCACCACUCAAUACGCCAAUGAGCUUCGUUUCCGUGCUGCAUUACUAGGUAGCCCUGAUCAAGAGGCAACCGAAGCAAGUGCACCUUUCCGGCUGAUUGUCCUCGGAUGCAUGCUUGCCAACAAGUGGCUUGAUGACCACACCUUCUCUAACAAAACUUGGCAUACCAUCUCCAAUGUGCCCAUCCACACGCUGAACAAGCUGGAGUCCCUUGCGCUCGAGAUCUUUACCUACGACCUAUCUGUCUCGUCAUUGGACUGGUCGCAAUGGCUGGCACAUUUGGUGUCUUACCAUCAAAUUGCUUCUUCUCCGCCUUCUCAUCCACAGCCGAUCUCACGACCAUCGACUAAUCCCCACGCGAUUGUUCGCAAGGCGCUUGAUGAGAUUAUCCAGGCACCAGCUGCAGCCAACUUCGAUCCCAGUAGCCCGCAGCCGGUUUUCAUGGGAGUCGAAGAACGUAAACGUGAACGCAUGGAGAGAGAACAAGCUCGUUCCAUUGACCUUUCGGAAAUCGAUCUUGACGAGGACGGUCCUCUUCGUGAAGAGUAUCUGCCCAGGCGUCGCAUCAGUGGGACCGAAGAGAACGCUCAUUGGCUUGAGCGUAAGGUUGUUGUUGAGAAGGAGUUGCCCCCGCCUGCGAGAUGGAGUCCUGCAGGCGAUGAGCCUAUUCUUCGAGAGAGAAACCGGGGCAGUGGUCAUUAUGUUGCUGUGCAGCCUCCGGCCAUGAUUCCCUACUCGAUGGCGCCAGCAGCAUAUCCUGAGCUGGGUUACGCCAACCAGAACUGGCCUCCCGUCGGUGCAUACUUGGCCAUCAAGCCGCCUCCCGUGUUGGGCUAUGUGUUUGACGCUCCGCCACUGCAUGUUUCCCACUCGUCAUAUACCGGCUAUCCCUUGGUCGCACUGUCUCACUCGCGCUCGCACUCCCUUUCUUAUGAUCCAGAUAAUUCGCACUCGCGUAAUCGAUUACGCUCAUGUUCACAGUCGUUUGAGUACCACCACCAAGAAGCUCAGCCUGUGGUACCACCACCAGUCCAAUAUGGCUACGCGCCUCCAGCGUUUACUUGCCACGGAUGGCUCAGAACUUGA